UGACAACUAUUGCUUCAAAUACCGGGAUACUGAAUAUAUCAAAUAAUCACGUGCACAUAUACAGGGUCCCAACAAUUAUUUGCACAAACAAGAAUUUGACUAUCGUGGCUGAGCCAUUUUACACGAAAGAGGACAAUCUGGAUUCACGUGACAUCUGAACCAUCCGGAUGUUCUCGAGCCAAAAGAUAAUAGUGAGAUUGAGACUAUCAAUUUGACGUCUCCAGUUUCGAUGUAUUGAGUACGUGUUAACCGAUGAGAUUAACGUAUCGCUAAGGAAAAUUGACAACACGUAUCGAUUGAUAGCGCCUGCACAAUAAAACAGAAAUAAUUCUACGUUCAUUUGGAAGAUCGAAGUGGACUGUGAAAUACUGUAACAUUUGAUAUAAAUAAUGACUAAUAAUUUUCCGAAUUUUUUUAUUGGAACUGUAAUUCUUCUCUUUGUGCUGUUGGAGUCUGUUCAAAGUGACGUGAUAAAUUCUGAAGGGAAAGCUCUCCACAGACUCCCCAAAAAUAUUUCCCCAACUAAUUACGAAUUAUGGCUGUACCCUCAUCUGAAGUUGAGCAACUUCACGUAUGAGGGCCGUGUAAUUAUAUCCAUCUCUGUUCUCUCAAACACAAACUCCAUUACCCUAAACGCAGAGGGGUUGAACAUCUUUCAAGAAAGGAGUGAAUUGUUCCAUGGGAACAAUUCGAUUGACAUUCUUUCUCAAAAUUUGGACGACGAGAGACAGUUCUACAUCAUCUCACUGGCUGUCACCAUUCCACCAGGGAUCUACUCCUUGCGGUUGAAUUUCCUCGGAGAAAUCCGAGACGAUGUUUUCGGCUUUUAUCGAAGUGCCAUCAAAGUCGGGACGAAAACGAGAUGGAUGGGAGUCACGCAGUUCUCACCAACCUUUGCUCGUGCGGCUUUUCCUUGUUUCGAUGAACCGCACUUCAAAGCAACUUUCCAACUUCAUCUUGGACAUUACAAUGAUGAGAGAGUCACGUCUAAUACGUUUCCAUUUAUGGAUACACCGACCGAAAUAGAGAACUAUACUUUGACGACAAUGCUAAGAACACCGAGAAUGUCCACCUACCUUUUCUGCUGGUCAAUUCACAAUUUCGAAUACGAUUCGCCCCCAAAUAUUUCAUUCUUCGGUAUAUGGACACGAAAAUCAAUGUACGGAAAGGGUAAUCAGGCUUUAGAGAAAGGAUUGCGUUUGUACUCGGCCCUUCAAUCAUGGACGAAUAUUUCAAAUUCAAUUGGUAAGAUGGUACACCUAACUGUACCAGAUUUUCAUUUUUCCGCUAUGGAGAAUUGGGGAAUGAUAACUUUUCGCGAAUCUGUUCUUCUUCACGGGGAGAAUAUAACCCCUUCGACGAUUAUUCACGGAGGAUUGACUACGAUGGCUCAUGAAUAUGCUCACACGUGGUUCGGUAAUCUGGUGACACCGGAAUUUUGGACAAUUGCGUGGCUGAAGGAGGGUUUUGCCACUUAUUUCGCGUAUCUCGCAAGAUCACUUGUCGACACAGAUCUGAAGGCUAUGAAUUUAUUCGUAGUUGAAAAUUUAGAGAGCGCUCUUUUGGAAGAUUCUGGAAAACAUCUGAGAACUAUGAAUGGAAAAGAUGCCAGCGAAAAUAGUAGUUCAUUAAGUAUUAUGGAUUUCGUUCCUUACAAGAAAGGUUCUUCCGUGAUUCGUAUGAUUGCUGAGUUGAUGGGUUUGAAGGGCUUUCAGAUGGCCAUGAGGUCUUAUCUAAAAGAUAGAUUAUAUGAUGUUGGGACACCUUCAAUACUCUAUCAAUAUCUCCAGAAAUACCCAGAAGACCUAGUAACUCCAAUCAACUUCGAGGCAGUGAUUGAAAGUUACGCGAAUCAACCUGGUUACCCUCUGAUAACCCUCACCAGGAAUUACUCCUUGAAUUCUCUGAGCAUUAGUCAGCAACCGUUCUAUCAAAAUCCUGAUUAUGCGUAUAGGAAAGCCUCAAUGUGGUGGGUCCCACUGAGUCUGAUGACUCAGUAUGGAACUAGAGUGUUUCGUUUUGGCUCGAUUUGGUUGAAGAACAAUCAAUUGACAAUCACAAUGAAUAGCGAUGGUAUUGGAAUAGGGGAGUGGAUCAUAUGUGACAGUGACAAAGCCGGCUAUUACCGUGUGAAUUACGACGAGAGAAAUUGGAACAUGUUAACAGCGCAACUGAUGUCCGGAGGGUUCGAUAGGAUUGGCUCAGUAGCACGAGCAACUCUCCUAGAUGAUGCUUUCAAUUUGGCUCGUGGUGGCUACAUCAAUUACAGUGUACCAUUUCAUCUUGCCCGAUAUCUCAUUGACGAAGUCGAAUACGAGCCCUGGUUAGCCGCGACGAGUUCUCUCGAUUUCUUGAAUAAAAAUUUUCAAGAUCUACCCGUCCUUCGAGACUCUCUACAGGAUUAUGUUAGACGUUUACUGGCGCCGAUUUACCAAUCUGUAACCUUGACUGCGUCAAAUCGAAAUUCGCUCCGGGAGAAACUUCUCCGACAGCUGAUACAAUCCACCGCAUGCACCAUGAAGAACGAGCAUUGUUUAAAUACCGCGAAUUUAUUAUUUACGAAGUGGAUUGCGAAUUCUUCACAAAGGAUUGACGCAGAGAUGAAAAGUUCUGUGUACUGCGUUGGAAUUCGAAGCGGAAACGAAUGGGAUCUAGUGUUCCGGAGAUUUCUGAAUGAAGAUCUGCACACUGAGAAAGAGGUAUUGAUCAGUGGCCUCGGUUGUACCAAUAAUUCUGCGUCGAUCACAAGAUAUUUAGAUUUCAUGAUAAGCGAUGCGCCCCAAUUGCCGAAACAAUAUCGUUUGAAAAUACUUGAUUCGGUUUUGACCGGAGACCCCGAGAAUGUGAAGAAAGCACUGCUACAUUUAUCCAAAAAUCUCCAAAAAAUCAUAACUAUGAGAGGAUAUCCUUUCCUAAAUAAGAUGAUCACUGCCAUCGCAGGACGAAUCACGUCAUUCGCAAACCUACAAAUGUUCUUAUCAAUCGUCGAUAACAACGCGGGUCUUUUAAAGCCGUCUGAGGAUAAAGUAAAGAAAGCAACUGCAGACAUUCAAGCAAAUCUCUCCUGGAUUCGAAAAUAUUCAACUACUAUUGAAAAUACUACUGUAAAUAUGUUGUAAAAUUAUAUAAAACGAUCUCAAGUA